CAAUCAAUAUCGAACAUGAUUCUGAAAAAAAAUUAUAAAUUUGUGAACCUCUAUAUUUACGUAGAUUCGAAAUUCGAUGAGGAAUAUCAGUCUCAAAAGGAAUUAAAUAACAUCAUUCGAGUUAGAGAAGCAACUCAAGGAUUUCAGUGGCUUCUUGGCAGAAAAGAGAUUCACUACAGAACUGUUCAUCAUGGACUACAAAAUCAGUGGUUAGCUGCCUGGUAUCCAACUAAUGAAAUGGAAGCAAGCAUCUUCUUAGAAGACGAUAUUGAAAUCUCUUGCCGUUUUCUUGAGUAUAUUGAAAAAAUUCUAUUAGCAAUGGAGAGUUCAAGAAAAAAUUCUGAAAGCUUUGGAGAGUUUGAGCAGUGUGGCGGGAUUGUUAUGGAAGAAUUGCAAAUAAGUCAACAUUUUCUUGCAUCUAAUAUAACCCAACAAUUCCUAAAUUGCUUUCGGGUCCGCUUUACUUCUAGUUGGGGUCCUAUUUAUUUCGGUACAUUUUGGAAGCACUUUAUGGAUUGGUAUUUGACGGUUACAUUGCGACCCAAUUUUACACCUUAUACCGAAACAAGUGACGAAAAAUACAAUUUAUGGCUACGGCAGGGAAAGGACGUAUGGUCUCCAUGGUUGAAAAGAUUCCUCGAUGAAACCGACUAUUGGUUCAUUUACUGUAAACCACCACACAAGAAUACAGUUUGGCUUCAUAAUCAUGCCGAGAUGGGGGUCAAUACACACUCAUAUCAAAGGUCUUCUCUUCCACAAUUAUUUUCUGGAGAUCUUUCCUUAUUCGAUAUACCUUGCUUUAAAAGUAGUAAGUAGCAAAAAUUCCGAAUUUUUCUUUUCUUGCCAUCUGAGAGUAAUACAGUGCCCAUCUUAGAUUGCGAUGCCGAUGGAAAUUGUUCAU